AGUGACGUGGUCAAGCGGAAGGUUAGGGGGCCAUGACUUGCUCCACACGGAACCUCAAUCUUGUAACCGUCAAAAAAAUCAUCCACGACUCGGAGUGCUCAACUCAACCGCCAAUAUAGGUAAUGCUUUUAACUCUCAUCAUCAUUAUAAAAACGCGUCUAGUUACCAUUUUACUUUUUACUCCAAGCUAAUCAAAGAACACAUCUCCUCUCAAAACAAAGCAUACAAAGAAGAAGAUGAUGAAAAUGACAUCUCCUCUGUCUCUGUCCAGUCUGAUGGUAUUUUUGUUGUGCGUUAGGGCAGUGAUGGUAGUAGUAGCGUCAGAGGGUCCUAGAGUUUUCAAGGUUGGAGACGAGUUCGAGUGGAGAGUUCCACUUCAGAAUGAUACAUCGGUUUACAGCCGCUGGGCGAACACCAACCGCUUCCACAUCGGCGAUUCUCUCUCGUUUGUGUACGACAAGGACUCGGUGAUGGAAGUGGACAAAUGGGGUUUUUACCACUGCAACGGCAGCGAUCCAAUCACAGCGUUCGACAAUGGAAACAGCACGUUUUACCUUGAUCGUCCUGGUCUCUUCUACUUCAUCAGCGGCUCCAACGCCCACUGCACCAGUGGACAGCGUCUCAUCGUGGAAGUGAUGCAUAUCCACCACCACCACAACCACCACGAUGUUUCCUUGCCUCCGUCCAUGUCACCUCUCUCUGCCAGCUCUCCCUCUGAAUCUGCAUUCGACUCUCAUGAUCCUGCUUCUUCCGCUGCUGCCUCCUCCCUGCUCGCCUCCUUCUUCCCUCCCUUUGCUGCACUUCUUGUUGCUCUUUUCAGCUGCCAACCAUAGCGCUUUUGUUUCAUCUUCUUAUUAGUCUUCUUUCGUUGCUAUUAAUUUUUCCGUUUCUUUUGUCAUUCAACUUUUAAGAUAUUAUUAACCUCAUAUUUUCUUCAUCAACUUCUAAGUUUUAUCACUGCUUUUAAACAAAAGUUACAAAACAAUCACAAAGCAACCGCAAUUAAAAAAAAAUAAGGAGCUAAUUCAACCACCUAAGCUAAAAAU